AUGUAUCUUAAUCCAUCUUGUGAAAUUCAAAAAAUAUUUUUAUUUCUAUCAGGAAAUGUAACAAGUUUUCAUAUUUUAUCUCUGCAAAUAUCCAUCUAUAUAUCUAUCUAUCUAUCUCCUUUGUUUUGUUAUUCUUCCUUCAAAAUAAAUUGCUCGUUAAUUUGUAAGGGAAUCAGAUACUCCCUUCCUAUCUAUCUAUCUAUCUAUCUAUCUAUCUAUCUAUGCCAAUAUGAUCAUAUCUGCCUAUAUUAUAAAUGUUUCGUAUCUAUCUAUCUGUCUAUCUAUCUAUAUAUCUAUCUAUCUCUCUAUCUCAUUCUGUUCAUAUCUAUCUAUCUAUCUAUCUAUCUAUCUAUCUAUCUAUCUAUCUAUCUAUCUCAUUCUGUUCCUAUCAAUCUAUCUAUAUCACUUAAUUCAUCUAUGUAUCAUUAUCUUUUUUUCACAUAUAUAUGUAUUUAUACACACACUCAUACAAUCACACACACACACACACACACACAUAUACAUUUCCAUAUUAUCUAUCUCUGUCAAUUUUCAACGUUAUCUAUUUCACAUAAUUCGGCUAUUUUUCUUCAUUAUUCAUCUAUCUCACUUAAUUCAUCUUAUCUAUCUAUGUCAAUCUGUUCAUAUCUAUCUAUCUCUCUAUCUAUCUAUCUAUCUAUCUAUCUAUCUAACCUCAUUUCUAUCUAUUUCUCUAUCUAUGUAUCUAUAUAA